GUUCAAGUUGGAUCAAACCCACAAAUUAUAUUAGAAAUGUUAAAUUUCUAAUGGUUGAUUGCCACUCUCAUGAUGGAUUUACAGUGCCUCUUUUGCAGUUGACAUAUAAUCCUAACCAUAGCAUAACUUCAUAUCCAUUAAUUGAGGAGAAUGGAGAUCAG